AUAUUAAUAUUGUGAUCUUGUUCUCAGGGCGUAAGCGGUUUGGAUGGGUUACUAGGGGUUGAGGGUAAUGAAGGAGAUCCGGGUGAUAUUGGUUUCAGAGGAGCUCCUGGAACACCUGGCAGGCCUGGCAAAAUGGGAAAUCCUGGAUCUCCUGGGAUCAGUGGGAAUAUUGGAGCACCAGGGUUCAAGGGAAAAGCUGGACCAAAAGGAAAAGGACUAAAUGGACCAAUGGGGCCAAAGGGUAUUCCAGGACUGAGAGGAGAGAAGGGCGAGUCUGCAAUUACUGGUCCAAAGGGUCUCCUAGGUGACAUGGGAACACCUGGACCAAUCGGGCCACCUGGACUAAAGGGGAAUCCUGGUUUGCAGGGCCUGAAAGGCCAAAGAGGUCAUAAGGGAAAGAAGGGGGGUACUGGUCCUCCUGGUCCAAGUGGGCGAAAAGGCUUUCUUGGACUCACUGGCCACCUUGGAAAGAAGGGAAUGAAAGGUGUCCAAGGCAGUGGAGGACCAAAGGGAGUGAAGGGCAAGCGUGGACCUCCAGGAAAACCAGGUUCACCAGGCAAGCACAGGCUUACACAAAGGCAGGAAUCAAGGCCUGAGCCAAAACCAGGUCCAGGAAAUGAGCUAUGGCCAAAAACAAGACCCAGUACAAGAUCAAAACUGAAAAAUGUGCCAAGAUCAAGACAAACACCCAGCCUCCUGAAGCUAAGGGAAGGGCAACAAAAAUGGCCAAGGUCAGUGUCCAGGAGAUGGUCUGACGUAGAUGAGGAAUCCUUCAGCUGGCCGCGGGGAACUGAAGACGAUCCUGCCACCACCUGCUACGAGCUGGGACUCAUACACCCACAUCUGAAUGAUGGUUACUUUUACAUGGACCCCAAUCAAGGCUGUCCCUAUGAUGCUGUGAAGGUAUUCUGUAACUUCACAGCAGGAGGAACAACCUGCAUUGACCCUUUACAGUCUCAGAUUAAAUUACGUUGGGAACCAAUAAAGAAGAAAUCAAAAAUGCCUGUCCAGUGGUUUAGUCAGCAGCACGGUGAAAACAAGUUUGAGUAUGCUGGUGUGGACAUUGUCCAGCUGAGGUUUCUGCGGUUACACAGCCACACAUCUUUCCAAAAUAUGACUGUCAGGUGUACAACAAACCAUUCAAGCACUGCUGGAACAACCCAUUCAGCCAAUAGGAUUAUUCACUUCCUGGGAGACUCUGGCAAAGAAAUUCUUUCACACCUAACCACAGUUUACAGGAAAGGCUGUGAGGCGGAGGUGGUUGUAAUGGUUCGGGGGAGCACAGAGCCGCAUCGAGGUGAUAUGGAGUUACUUCCUGUCAGAGAUCUGGGUGUAGAGAUGAGGUCGCUAUCUCCCCUUGUCCCGGAAAUCACUGUUGUUUUGGGACCCCUCUGCUUUUUGUGAUGUGUGUGUGUGUGUGUGUGUGUGUGUGUUUGCGUGUGUGAAAUAAUGAACUGUAAAUAUCUCAUUUAUUUAAUAAGCAGGGAUAUAUGGUGUCUAGAUAUUUUACAUGAACAAUUUUGUUCAGAUUAAUUUGCUCAGUGCUUUACUGUUUUGUGUAUAUUUAUUGAAUUGUCACAAGCUGAAUGAAUUGUUAGAUUUUAUCAUAUGAAGCAUUGUAUACAUUGUUAUCUAAUGUUUAUGCAGUACCUAAUUGUAUUUGUUUUAAGGAAAUUGACUUGGAAGGCAGUGUUAUCACAACUCAGUGUAUUUGGUGUCUCAUAAUCCUCACAGGGGGAGGAUGUACAGCACUAUAAAAAUAAAAGUAUGACUUUAAACAUGUGGAAUAAAAUCUAGCCGUGCACAUCUGUUGUAGUUUUACUGAACCUGCCUGCACCAUACAGUAGAUGCUCAACUAAAAAUAGGUAUUAUUUAGAAUUUAGGUCAUAGCAUAGAUUUUUGCUCUUACCUCUGUGAUCAUUAAG